AUGUCCUCAAAACCGCAAUUGUUCCCAGUCUUCCUCCAGUUUAUGAAAGCUUCCUCAUCCAAUGCUCCCAGUUUGACAUCCACUAGAGAUAUCACAUUUAUCAACAUCUUCUAUCGCAAAACACCAACUUUCAUCCACCUUACAAUGGCCUUCCCCAACAUCCUCUCCUGCCUCUGCGGCCCCACCUCAGACGACCAUCCAUCCUACCACGACGAGAAAUCCCCCCUCUACCCCUCCACCACCCCAUACAUCGACCAACCCAAACCCCAACCCAUACCCCCCUAUCCUUCCCCCUCCCCUUUGAUCAACGACAUCCUCACCCUCCUCCUCACCACACCCCUCCCCAUCACCCCCUCCGCCUCCCAAUCCCAAAUCGACACCACCCUCGACCUCCACACCACCUCCUGGUCCGAAUACCUCGCCGAAAAGAUCCUCCGCGCCCUCUCCGACCUCCUCGCCACCGCCACCGAUCCCGAGUCCCGCAAGUCCUGGGGCGAGGCUCUCUCCCAAGCCUACGACACCUCCAUCACCAUCGCCGGGGAGCUCUUCAAUGACCUCGUCGAGUAUGUCAAGGGCCACCCCUACGAAAUCGCUGCUACGGUGCUCCUGUCAUUGGUGACAUUUGGGGUUUUGGUCCGUCUUGCUCCACGGGUGCUGGUGCUGCUUGGUUUCAGCGCCGAGGGUCCGGUGGAGGGGAGCUGGGCGGCUUGGUUUCAGAGUACCUAUGGAGGAUACGUACCCAAGGGUUCGCUGAUGAGUUACUUGCAGAGGCUGGGGAUGACGUGGGAGUGA